GCCUUAAAUGGGCAAACUUCUCCAAGGACUCUCCUGCGGUUGGAAUUUCCAACUCUGACGUCACUGCCUGCCACUUCCAGAUUCGGGAAAAAAUAAUUUUCACUUUGGUGGGAUUUGAAACUCUCUUGAUUCCUAGAAAGCCCCCGAGACGUGAAGGAAGGUGUCAUUCAGGAGAACGAGGCAGCGACAAGGAAAAUACCAAAGAACUGUCAGCGGUGAGGCCCGUACAUCAAGAGAAGAAGAGGUGUCUGACCCUGUGAUUGGCCCCUCUGUGAUCCUGUAGUGACUGUGACUGUCUGGCCUCUCCUCUCUCUCUGCAUUGAAGAAUCUGAACCAUGUGGACCAGCGAAGGCGAGGUUCAGGUGACAGGGCGGAUGGAGACCACCCCUGCCAUGGGCAUCCCUAGUAUCUCUGUUUCCCAGCAACAGGCCCCUAAGAAGUUUGCCCCUGUGGUUGCCCCCAAACCUAAGUUCAACCCGUACAAGGACCCCACUGACCUUGCAGGAGGGGACUAUCCCCCACCUCCUCCUCCUGCUGAAGACGGAGGCCUCUCGUCCUCCAUCUCUUUCCCACCACCUCCACCCAUGGACAGAGAAUAUCAGAUGCAUGGACCAGAGAAGACCCUGGAAGAGAGGCGGUCCAGUCUGGACGCUGAGAUUGACUCUCUGACCUCUAUCCUAGCUGACCUGGAGAGUAACUCACCUUACAAGCCCCACAAUGCACAGAACUCUGGAACUCUGACCAGUCCCAACGCUCCGGUGACAGGGUACAAACGUAUGGUCAUCCCCACCCAGCCUCCUCUGACGGCCACCAAGAAGUCCUCUCCCAAAGCCGGGGCUCCAGGCGGAACACUGCCCCGGCCCCAAGCGGAGAACUCCUCCUCAGCCUCCAUACUGGCCAGGCCCCAGUUCCAGACGGCCCCCCAGCCAGUCCCAGCCUCCUACGCCACAGCCUCCACCCCCAGCCAGCCCACCUUCAACGUACAGGUGAGGUCUGCCCAGCCCGGGCCCCAGCACCAGUCCCCUGGGCCCCCCCAGCCCGGGCCCCAGCACCAGUCCCCUGGGCCCCCCCAGCAGUUUUCCCAGCAGCCCAACAGGAGCCCGGUCCAGUACAUGGCUGCCCAGCCCAGGGGCCCUGAUUUCGCCUAUGGGCCUCCCCAGCCAGGCUUCGCUCCUCAAGGCUACCCAGAGCAGGCCUACCCGGGAGCAGGAGGGUACGGGGGAGAACCAGGAGGGUACGGGGGAGAACCAGGAGGGUACGGGGGAGAACCAGGAGGGUACGGGGGAGAAGCAGGAAACACCUGGAGACCCCAGCCGACCAAUGCUGCUGCUCCUACCCAGCAGAGCUUCCCACAACCUGUCCCGAAGAAGACCUACAUCACUGACCCUCCUGCCAGCCUGGCGCCUCCUGUACACCUUGCCCCACAGAGGGCUCCCAGCGGUGCCAGGCCUGAGGAAGAACUGGAGCGGCUCACCAAGAAGAUGCUGUAUGACAUGGACAACCCUCCAGCUGAGGAGUACUUUGGGCGGUGUGCCAGCUGUGGGGAUAAUGUGGUGGGUGAGGGGACCGGCUGUACCGCCAUGGACCAGGUCUUCCACGUGGACUGCUUUAUCUGCAUGACCUGCAGUGGCAGGCUGCGCGGUAAACCCUUCUACGCCGUGGAGAAGAAGGCCUACUGCGAGCCCUGCUACAUCAACACCCUGGAGUCCUGUAACAUCUGCAGUAAACCCAUCAUGGACCGUAUCCUACGGGCUACAGGGAAGGCCUACCACCCACACUGCUUCACCUGUGUGGUGUGUCAACGCAGCCUGGACGGCAUCCCCUUCACUGUGGACGCUGCCAACCACAUCCACUGCAUCCACGACUUCCACAAGAAGUUUGCCCCUCGUUGCUGUGUGUGUUCUGAGCCCAUCAUGCCAGCUCCAGGCCAGGAGGAGACUGUUCGUAUCGUCGCCUUGGACCGAGACUUCCACGUGCAGUGUUACCGUUGUGAGGACUGUGGUUCUCUGCUGUCUGAAGGGGACAACCAGGGCUGUUACCCCCUGGACGGACAUGUCCUCUGUAAGAGCUGUAACACCAGCCGUAUCCAGGCCCUCACCGCCAAGGCUACCACUGACCUCUGAACCCCAGAUACCCUGCUACCCCGCCAAGGCUACCACUGACCUCUGAACCCCAGCCCUGCUACCCCGCCAAGGCUACCACUGACCUCUGAACCCCAUCCCUGCUACCCAGCUCACCUCUACUGCCUGGCUGGCUGCCCUUCAGCCCGACACACACACACGUACACACACACACACGUACACACACACACGUACACACACACACACGUACACACACACACACGUACACAUACACACACACACGUACACACACAUCUAUGAAUAUUAUGAAAUUGCUAAUGAGGAGAAACAAAGAUGUCCCUGAAAUGUUGACAGUCUCGGUACGAUCGUCAGCCUGUUGAUUCCUUUAUUACUGUCAUUUUUAUUAAUGCCUGUUCCCUCUACUUGCAUUUACUCUUUGACAUUGUAGUCACUUAGCAGACACUCCUUUAAUCAGAGAGAUUCACAUGACAGUCAGCAGACCCUCCUUAAUCAGAGAGAUUCACAUGACAGUCAGCAGACCCUCCUUUAAUCAGAGAGAUUCAGCAGACCCUCCUUAAUCAGAGAGAUUCAGCAGACCCUCCUUAAUCAGAGAGAUUCAGCAGACCCUCCUUAAUCAGAGAGAUUCACAGGACAGUCAGCAGACCCUCCUUAAUCAGAGAGAUUCACAGGACAGUCAGCAGACCCUCCUUAAUCAGAGAGAUUCAGCAGACCCUCCUUAAUCAGAGAGAUUCACAGGACAGUCAGCAGACCCUCC